CGAAUCGGAUUCGCGUCGUUUUCUAAGGAAAAAAAAAUGGCGCAACAAUCGUUGAUCUACAGUUUCGUCGCUCGCGGCACCGUAAUCCUUGUCGAGUUCACAGAUUUCAAAGGCAAUUUCACAUCUAUCGCUGCUCAGUGCCUUCAGAAGCUUCCUUCUUCGAACAACAAGUUUACCUAUAACUGCGAUGGUCAUACGUUCAAUUACCUUGUCGAAAAUGGAUUCACCUAUUGUGUUGUUGCAGUUGAUUCUGCUGGGAGGCAGAUUCCUAUGGCUUUCUUGGAACGAGUGAAGGAGGAUUUUAACAAGAGAUAUGGUGGUGGAAAGGCUGCAACUGCUCAAGCAAACAGCUUGAAUAAAGAAUUUGGGUCGAAACUGAAAGAGCACAUGCAGUAUUGUAUGGACCACCCUGAUGAGAUUAGCAAGCUUGCUAAGGUGAAGGCUCAAGUGUCUGAAGUUAAAGGUGUAAUGAUGGAAAACAUUGAGAAGGUUCUUGACCGUGGUGAGAAGAUUGAGCUUUUGGUGGACAAAACAGAAAACCUUCGUUCACAGGCGCAAGAUUUCAGAACACAAGGAACUCAAAUGAGAAGAAAGAUGUGGUUUCAGAACAUGAAGAUAAAACUGAUUGUUCUUGCAAUUAUCAUUGCCUUGAUUCUCAUCAUCAUCCUCUCGGUUUGUGGGGGAUUCAACUGCGCCAUCAUGCUGAAGACGUUUUCGACUCCGGCUGAUUUCGCGGUUGUUUUGUCGGAAAAUCUCCGACGCCGGUCCGAAGGCUUCUGGACUAGACGUGAUUUGGCGUCUAAUCGAUGGAUAGAUGCUAUCGUGCGCGGGGUUAAACGCAUAGCUGCGACUACAUUGUUAAGGAAACAGACGGAGAUGAGUAAUCAAAACCACCUCCGGCCUCCACAAGCUGUCAAGUUUGGUCGCCGGACGUCCAGUGGUCGCAUUGUUAGCCUCUCCCGUGACGAUGACAUGGACGUCUCUGGCGAUUACUCCAGCCAAAAUGAUUACAUCAAUUACACCGUCCUCAUGCCUCCAACACCAGACAACCAACCUGCUGGCUCCUCCGGGUCUACCUCGGAGUCGAAAGGUGAUGCUAACCGAGGUGGAGGAGGAGGAGACGGGCCUAAGAUGGGGAAUAAGCUGGAGAGGAGAUUAUCUGUCAUGAAAUCUAAUAACAAAUCAAUGUUGUUGAGGAGCCAGACGGGAGAUUUUGAUCAUAACAGGUGGUUGUUUGAAUCGAAAGGAAAAUACGGAAUUGGAAACGCGUUUUGGUCAGAAGAGGAUGAUACCUAUGAUGGUGGCGUUAGCAAGUCCGAUUUCUUAGACAAGCCAUGGAAACCUCUCACGAGGAAAGUUAAUGUCCCGGCCAAAGUUCUUAGUCCCUACAGGUUAUUAAUCGUGAUUCGUCUUGUGAUAGUCUUCUUCUUCCUUUGGUGGCGUGUUACGAAUCCUAAUGAGGAUGCUAUGUGGCUAUGGGGACUGUCGAUAGUCUGCGAGAUUUGGUUCGCUUUCUCUUGGAUUCUUGACAUUCUUCCGAAGCUAAACCCUAUAAACAGAGCCACGGACCUUGCUGCCUUGCAUGACAAAUUUGAGCAGCCCUCUCCGUCAAAUCCCACUGGUCGCUCUGAUCUUCCCGGUGUUGAUGUGUUUGUUUCCACGGCUGACCCAGAAAAAGAACCGCCUUUAGUCACUGCAAACACCCUUCUCUCGAUCCUUGCCGUGGAUUAUCCAAUUGAGAAGCUUUCUGCCUACAUUUCAGACGAUGGUGGUGCAAUUCUCACCUUUGAAGCCAUGGCUGAAGCUGUUCGUUUUGCUGAGUAUUGGGUGCCAUUUUGCAGAAAACAUGAUAUAGAGCCACGGAACCCGGAUAGUUACUUUAACAUUAAAAAGGACCCAACAAAAAACAAGAAAAGGCAAGAUUUCGUCAAAGAUCGUCGUUGGAUCAAGCGUGAGUAUGACGAAUUCAAGGUCAGGAUCAAUGGUCUUCCAGAACAAAUCAAGAAAAGAGCUGAACAGUUCAACAUGAGAGAAGAGCUCAAGGAAAAGCGGAUUGCCCGAGAGAAAAAUGGGGGAGUAUUGCCGCCAGAUGGGGUUGAGGUGGUAAAAGCAACGUGGAUGGCUGAUGGUACGCAUUGGCCAGGGACAUGGUUUGAACCUAAACCUGAUCAUUCAAAAGGUGAUCACGCCGGAAUUCUACAGAUCAUGAGCAAAGUGCCUGAGCUUGAACCGGUGAUGGGCGGACCGAAUGAAGGCGCGCUGGAUUUCACAGGGAUUGAUAUUCGCGUACCUAUGUUUGCUUAUGUCUCGCGUGAGAAACGUCCAGGUUUUGACCACAACAAGAAAGCCGGUGCCAUGAAUGGAAUCGACCCAUCUGAUCGAUAUGCAAAUCACAAUACCGUCUUCUUCGACGGGAACAUGAGAGCGCUAGAUGGGUUACAAGGUCCCGUCUAUGUCGGAACAGGGUGUAUGUUCCGAAGGUAUGCUCUCUAUGGAUUCAACCCACCUCGAGCCAAUGAGUACUCAGGCGUGUUUGGUCAGGAAAAGGCUCCAGCUAUGCAUGUCCGGACUCAGUCCCAAGCAUCCCAAACGUCCCAAGCGUCUGAUUUAGAGUCUGAUACACAGCCUCUUAAUGAUGAUCCAGAUCUUGGUCUGCCCAAAAAGUUUGGUAAUUCGACAAUGUUCACAGACACUAUUCCGGUUGCAGAGUACCAAGGACGGCCUCUAGCAGAUCACAUGUCAGUUAAAAACGGAAGACCACCCGGUGCUUUGCUCCUGCCACGACCUCCCCUUGACGCUCCAACUGUGGCUGAAGCCAUCGCUGUCAUUUCUUGCUGGUAUGAAGACAAUACCGAAUGGGGAGAUAGAAUCGGAUGGAUUUACGGCGGAAGAGACGACGCUUAUACUUGCAACAAAGCUCUUCCCUUGAAUCUCAAGAAACCUAAUGUUGUUAAAGCAAGUUCGGAGUUGAAGAAGAACGAACAUCAGAGAUCUCAUGAUUUUGCGGCAGAGACUAAGAAAAAGACUGAGUUUUUGGUGCCGAAGAAGAACACAGAUGAAAGAUCUAAGACUCGUGAAGAAACUGGAGUGAAGAAGCAAUCGGCUCUACCUAUGAAACUUUCUAAAAACCCUAGAUCUGGGGUUCAUGCAACGGGAGAGAUUAAGCAAACUUUGAAGAAAUCUGCUCCAGCAACAUCAAGGCCACUCAAGUUGAAGAAUCAUCAACCUGUGAAAGUAUCUGAAGACCCUAAAUAUUGCCCUGUCUUGAAGAAGAACGACACGGAGACUCUAGAACUGUUCGAAAUAGCCAAGAAAUCAGCUGAUGUGGCUAACACAAAGGGUCUUCUCGCGGCUGAAGUAGAGACAUCAAUCUGCGUAGACACACUCUCUUUACUCAUGGAGUUCCCCAUCAGCGCAACUGCUACUGAAACAAGACGGAUCAUGGUGAGGCUUGAGAAUCUUACAAAACACAAGAACCGAAAAAUCUGCAAUUCUGCAGCAGCACUUCUUCAAUGUUGGAGGCAUAGCAUCAGAGAUCAAGAACUGAGAGAGUCCCGUAAAACGCAAGGCUAAUGUCACAAGAGAAUCUUCAAAAAACAAGGGAAUGAAAUUAGUAGGCUUGUGACUUGACAAAGUUGGUUGCUUAUUUUUUUUGAUAAAUUAGCAUUGUAGUCACUACUUCAAUUACAUUACCCAAAGCUAACAGUGAGAGGAAUAUGUAUUAAGGAUUUUCACAAUCUCUCUUUGUGUUAUUAUUCAAGUUAAGUGUGUAUAUCUUCUGUUUAUGCAAUCAAUGAAAUUGGAGUUUGUCC